GAAGGAGCAGAAGAAGCAACAAACGGCUAGCUGCACACAACAAAUGUAAAACUGAUGCAAAAGCAGUUCAUAAGCAACCAACGAUGCUGCUACUCGCCCCCGACGCCUUUUUCUGACUCUAAAACCUGCCAUUGCUGGAAAGAAAAAUGUGUCGACACUCAAGGGAGUGAAUGGAGCUGACAAGGUGGACUUAUUAUUGGUAGUGUUGUAGGCUAUGAGUGUGGGUGAUGGAGGACAAUCAAUGUGGGGACUUGGACUACAUGAUCCAAGAUGAAGACACCCUCAUUGAGGGUGUCAGCAACCAGGUCUUGUUUGUUGUGGUGCUCAGCAUCACCUUCCUUGCAGGCCUCCUCACUCUGCUCUGCAGACAAGAUGAGCAGAACAUUCAUCCGGAGAAUCAGGAGCAUGUUCGAGCUGUCCGACAACAGCUUCAAACAGAGCAGGAUGAAAAUACUCAGGCGGAGGCCAGGCAGCAGUAUUACACGGACAUGUCUUGUCCUGUGUGUUUACAGCAGGCUGUUCUGCCUGUGGAAACCAAUUGUGGACACCUUUUCUGCGGCUCCUGCAUUAUAGCUUACUGGAGGUAUGGCACCUGGCUGGGUGCUAUUAACUGCCCCAUCUGCAGACAAAUGGUAACGUUGCUCUUCCCACUAUUUCAUGAGCAUGCCGCUCCUCAGCAGGUCCAGGAUGGCGAGGCAGAACCUAUCCUCAUAUUAAGAGACAUUAACGAUUAUAACCGCAGGUUCUCAGGCCAGCCACGAUCUUUUAUGGAUAGACUGCGAGAUGUGCCCACCCUGCUUCGUCAUGCCUUUAGGGAGAUGUUUUCUGUGGGCGGCCUCUUCUGGAUGUUCAGGAUUCGAAUUCUCCUCUGCCUAGUUGGUGCGCUCACCUACCUGGCCUCGCCGCUCGACAUCCUCCCCGAGGCACUCUUCGGUCUCCUGGGAUUCAUGGACGAUUUUUUUGUGAUCCUGCUUCUCUUUGUGUACAUCUCUAUCAUGUACAGAGAGGUGGUCACACAGAGACUGAAUGGCUAGGAGCUCACUCAUAAAAGGAGGCCUCAGCUCACUCACAUCAGGCUCGGGGAGAGGCAGUAUCUGAGGUUGACGUGUAAAGGCUGAAUAAAUGCUCAAAGGACAGUUGCUCAAUAAUGCUGGUUCACUUUGAAGCCUGGGAUGUUACCUCAUCACUGCAGAGGGGCUAGCAAAAGGUUGAACUCUGAAUGUUCACUCCGUAUUUAUAUAUAUAUAUAUAUAUAUAUAAUUCACCAUCAAUGGCUCAGAGGUCAAAUGAAGUCAAGGCACACAAUAAUACAGCAUAAGAAUGGCUUUGAAGUUCGUUGAGAGACAGCCCUAACUGGACGCCUAACAUUACGACCGACCGAUUCUAUAACAGCAAUGCCAAAAGUCAGUCAUUUGGUUAAAGUGCAUCUCAUCAUAAUGCAGACAGUUGUAUAAUAUAUGUAAUCUUGAAUGUACCAUAUUGAUGGCAGUGUCUUGUCUGCAUUCGGAUUGUUGACUGUCAGACAAAUCUGUGUUAGAACCAUUUUACUGUGGCUAUCACAGCCUGCUUGGUCAAUUAAAGUGAUGAUGCACUUAAUAUAAGUAACCUGUGACUAUGCAUAAUUCUUAAUGACUUGAAAAACACAGAUUUUCAUCCCUCCAACUGUUUACAUGUAUUGAUUAAAUCUGAACCUUUCUGCAUGCUUUCAUGUGAAGUGGUGAUGCACAGGACCACCUGUUUGUUGCAGUAAUAACUUCUGAACUGGCAGAUUUAAAUUAAACAUAUAAAAGAGGAUCGUACAAGGAAGGUGUCAAAGACUCGCCCAAGUUAUGAAUGUUAACUUACGAUUUCAAAGUAUACCUUGUCACUCUAAAGACAAUUCUCGGUUUGGACGUGUCCUGUGCAGAUCUUACAGUCUUAAUCAGGUUCAAGAGUCCGUGGGUGAACAACUCUAUGAACAUCCCAAAGCUUCUCAUAUUUUUCAAUGAAAUUUUGGAACAUUGGUUUAAAUCUGUAAGUAAAUAAAAAGCAAAAGAAUCAAUAUUUAAAAAUGAA